AUGGCUUUGAAUGUACCUGGAAGUCCCCUACCAUUGAUCUACUAUAAGUCAAUUCCAGGAAGCAGUCGAGCAAUUCUGUCCGUUUUCCAUCGGAAAAAGGGGAUGGCGAAAAUGGAACUCUUCAUCGGACUGAUCACGUUGGUGCAGAACUUCAAGAUUGAGCCCGUGAAGGGACGCGAAAUUGAUUUGGAGCCAACUCUAGCCACUGUAAUGUUGCCGAAGCCACAAUGUGUUCGACUAACGCCGGUCUAA